AUGGGGUUCUCCACCCAUCUGGGCCAGGCGAAGCAGUUGAAACGAAAGAGGCGUUGCUCGCGUAGCCGCGCCCCAGAGAGGUCGCCCGUGCGUUUGCGCCUACCUGAGACCGUGAAAAUGCGCAACACACCAGAUGACGCUGAGAGCGGACAGCCUCGUGUCCUUUUUCUAAUGGGUCUACCUGGCGGGGGAAAGAGCACUGUCAAGCGACAAGUGAUGCGAGCCGAUGAUCUGGACAUUGAGCCGGACAAGAUCAAGA